GUCUCUCCGCCCUCCACAGCCGGGAAUCUCUCGCGGCCUCCCCUCCCGCGGGGGGCGCGUCCACGGCCUGGAACGAAUCCCGCGGCCUCGGCGGGCCGGGCCGGGGGCACGGAGAGCGCAGGCGCAGUCGCCCCCACUCAAGGACGCUCGCGCCCCGACGCCGGACUCGACCCAGCACCACACGCAGAACUAAUUAUCUGAAGAAAUGGAUACAUCUCCCACUAAAAAAUACCCAGUUAAAAAACGAGUGAAAAUACAUCCCAACACAGUGAUGGUGAAAUACACUUCUCAUUAUCCCCAGCCUGGGGAUGAUGGCUAUGAAGAAAUCAAUGAAGAUUAUGGGAAUUUUAUGGAGGAAAAUCCAAAGAAAAGCUUGCUAAGUGAAAUGAAAAGAAAAGGAAGAACUCUCUUUGGAACUAUGAAUGCCCGAACUCUACCAACAGAAGAUCCAGUGUCCAAUGAGAUUGGACAAUUACAGAGUUUUACAGAAAAAAAUAUUUUCCAGUCAAGAAAGACAUGGAUUGUGCUAUUUGGAUCUGCUUUGGCUCAUGGAUGUGUAGCUCUUAUCACUAGGCUUAUUUCUGAUCGUUCUAAAGUUCCAUCUCUAGAAUUGAUUUUCAUCCGUUCUGUCUUGCAGGUCCUAUCUGUGUUGGUUGUAUGUUACUAUCAGGAGCCUCCAUUUGGACCCAGUGGAUACAGAUUACGACUCUUUUUUUAUGGUGUGUGCAAUGUCAUCUCUAUCACCUGUGCUUAUACAUCAUUUUCAAUAGUUCCUCCUAGCAAUGGAACCACUAUGUGGAGAGCCACAACAACGGUUUUCAGUGCUAUUUUGGCUUUUUUACUUGUAGAUGAGAAAAUGGCUUACAUUGAUAUGGUUACAGUAGUCUGUAGUAUCUUAGGUGUUUGUCUUGUCAUGAUCCCCAACAUUGUUGAUGAAGAAAAUUCCUUGUUAAAUGCCUGGAAAGAAGCCUUUGGCUAUACUAUGACUGUGAUGGCUGGACUGACCACUGCCCUUUCUAUGAUAGUGUACAGAUCUAUCAAAGAGAAGAUCAGCAUGUGGACUGCACUUUUUACCUUUGGAUGGACUGGGACAAUCUGGGGAAUAUCUACUAUGUUUGUGCUUCAAGAGCCCAUCAUCCCAUUAGAUGGAGAAACUUGGAGUUAUCUCAUUGCUAUUUGUGUUUGUUCUACUGCAGCAUUCUUAGGAGUUUAUUAUGCCUUGGACAAAUUCCAUCCAGCUUUGGUCAGCACAGUACAACAUCUGGAGAUUGUAGUAGCAAUGGUUCUACAGCUUCUAGUCCUACACAUAUUUCCCAGUGUUUAUGAUGUCUUUGGAGGGGUGAUCAUUAUGAUUAGUAUUUUUGUUCUUGCUGGUUAUAAACUUUACUGGAGAAAUUUAAGGAGGGAGGAUUAUCAGGAAAUUCUGGAUUCUCCUAUCAAAUGAAAACAUGUUUAGUGUUACCUGUUAACAAUCAGUUAAUAAUUACACUGACAUUUUAAUGUUCAUGUUUCUGUGUUGAGAGUACUUUAUAACAAAUAAUAUAUGCAUAUAUAGAAAAUUUGUCAUAGUCUAAUAUAUUAAAAUAUUAGUUAUAUAGUGUCAAUUAUUAAUAAAUUAUGAAGAGUUUCCAGAGUGAUAA